AUAAACAAAAGCAACAAAAUUUAAAUAAAAUAUUGAAUAAAUAAUAAUAUAAUGAAAAAACACACGACUUUAUUAAUUUUAAUUUGUUUAUUUAAUCGAGGAUUCAGUGAGGAAGAAUACUGUAGUGCUGAUAGCUGCCAAGAAUUGUCUGUAAAUAAAAAAAGAUACAUUCUUUAUGAUGUAAACCCUCAAGAAGGCUUCAACCUUCGCAAAGAUGUAUAUGUAAGACUCGCCGUAAUGGCCCAGCAGUUCAAAAAGUCCAAAGAUCCCGACUUAAAUAACACAAUCCUUGUUUUGCCGCCGUUUUCCCAUUUAAGACAUUGGGAGUAUAGUGAAGAACCUGAACACCUUCCUUGGUCCACUUUCUUCGACGUUAAGAGCUUACAGGAGUUCGCCCCCGUUAUUGAAAUGUUUGACUUAUUUGAGUUAUUUAAGGACAAGGGUUAUAGUAAAUUAGUCAUUAACCAAGUAUAUGUGCUUCAACAUUAUGAAGAGAUGUUUAAAACAGGAAAGUUCCUAGACAAGUGGAGCAUAGAGAAAUGCACCAAACCGCCAAGACUGAAUUAUUUUUAUUAUGAAAACGUUACGUCACAUAAGGUGCAAUGUUUAUCUUUUUGUGGGCAUGCAACACAACUUCAAGGAAUUUUAAAACAAGAUAAGUCAAGGGUUAUAAUGUUUGAUCAUGCAGAAAUCCCUUUACAUGAUUCCUAUGGUAAAAAAGAAUUCUGGCAGGCCCUGCGAAGCAUGAGAUUCAGCAAAAAGUUAAAACAAUUUGCUGACAAAUACAGGCAAUCGAUUUUACAAUCAAAUGAUGCCACUGACAAUACAGAACUACCUGAAAAUUGGAGGAAUGAAAAGCCUGCCACACCACCGCAUAUAUCUCCCGUAGAAGAACAAGAGAAACUACUGCAUGAUGCUCUCGGAAUAGUAAAGGCCCAAGCCUUUCACAUGAAAAGGGCUUUGGACAAAAACAAAUUGAUGGAUGCCUUGAAAAAUGCCAGUGCCAUGCUGGCAGAGCUCAGAACUUCUUUAUUAUCUCCUAAAAGUUACUAUGAAUUAUAUAUGGCCAUAACAGAUGAGCUAAGACAUUUGGAAAUUUAUUUGGUCGAUGAAUUCCAGAAAGGCAGAAAAGUCCCAGACCUUUACGAGCUAGUACAGUAUGCCGGAAAUAUUGUACCGAGGCUCUAUUUAUUGAUCACUGUUGGCUUAGUUUAUAUAAAAACCAAUAGUGCUCUAAGGAGGGACCUUUUAAAGGAUUUAGUGGAAAUGUGUAGAGGAGUUCAACAUCCCUUGAGAGGUUUGUUCUUGAGGAAUUACUUGUUACAAUGUACAAGGAAUGUGUUGCCAGAUGUUCCUGAAAGUGAUGUGGAUUCACCUGAGGGUACUGUAAAGGAUUCCAUAGAUUUUGUUCUUAUGAAUUUUGCUGAAAUGAAUAAGCUUUGGGUCAGAAUGCAGCAUCAAGGCCACUCCAGGGAACGACAACACAGAGAGAGAGAACGCGAAGAACUAAGAAUCUUAGUGGGCACAAACUUAGUCCGACUAAGCCAGCUAGAAUCCGUCACUUUAGAAAAAUACCAAAGAAACGUCUUGCCUGGCAUAUUAGAACAGGUGGUGAGCUGCCGGGACGCCAUAGCCCAAGAAUACCUUAUGGAGUGCAUCAUCCAAGUGUUCCCGGACGAAUUCCACAUCCAGACCCUCACGCCCUUUUUAAGAUCCUGUGCCGAACUGGAACAAGGCGUAAACGUCAAGAAUAUCGUCAUAAGUCUGAUGGAGAGAUUGGCGGCUUUCAGUCAGCGUUCGGAUAGUUCGGGUCACGAGGGCGGGGCCUGCAACAUCCUGCAAGACGUGCAACUUUUUGAAGUUUUUUCGGAGCAGGUUUCGUCUAUCAUUGGGAAUCGUCAGUAUUUGCCUCCCGAGGAUAUGGUUGCCCUACAAGUUGCCCUGAUCAAUCUUGCCUUGAAAUGUUACCCUGAUAGGAUUGACUAUAUCGAUAAGGUUAUGUUAUCUAGUGUAGAGAUGUUUCAAAGAUUGGGCUUGGAACACUUGGAGUAUCACUCUUCAGUAGCAAAAGAACUUCAAAAACUAUUAAAAAUACCUUUGGAUACGUACAACAACAUCUUGGUAGUGCUAAAAUUAAAACACUACGCAGGUUUGAUGCAACAUUUAGACUACAACGGGCGCAAAUCUUUAAGCAUAUACAUUCUCACCAACGCCCUGGAGAAUGAAACGGUUAUUCCUUCACCGGACGAAACCGAACAAGCCUUAACUCUGCUCAGCACGUUGGUUUCCGAAAAAAAUGAAACCUCCGAGAUCGAUUUGGAGGAACUCGCCGAGGAGCAAUGUCUUUUGGCAAGGUUUAUUCAUCAAUUAAAGAGUAAUGUUGCCGAUGAGCAAUAUUUGAUUCUGACUGUAGCCAGAAAGAUUUUAGGCACGGGAGGCCCUCUCCGAAUCAAGUACACCCUCCCGCCGAUAGUUUUCCAAGCCUACCAACUCGCUUACAAGUACAGAAAUCUGAAAGAAGAAAAAUGGGACAAAAAAUGCACGAAAAUAUUCCAGUUUUGCCAUCAGACCAUCACCGCUUUAGUUAAAGCCGAACUGGCCGAGUUACCAUUAAGGUUGUUUUUACAAGGGGCACUUGCCAUCGAUCAAAUAGGUUUUGAAAACCACGAAACGGUCGGCUACGAGUUCAUGUCUCAAGCCUUUUCGCUCUACGAGGACGAAAUAUCCGACUCUAAGGCCCAAUUGGCCGCCAUAACUCUGAUCGUCGGCACCCUGGAACAAAUGAGCUGCUUCUCCGAAGAGAAUUCCGAUCCGCUUCGGACGCAAUGCGCUUUGGCGGCCAGUAAAUUGCUUAAAAAACCGGAUCAGUGUAGAGGGGUGGCCACUUGUAGCCACCUGUUUUGGAGCGGCAAAAGUUUGGCGAGCAAUAGGGAGGAGACGCACGAUGGAAAAAGGGUGGUGGAAUGCUUAAAAAAAGGCCUUAGAAUAGCGAAACAAUGCAUGGACGUCAGCGUACAAGUUCAACUGUUUGUCGAACUACUAAAUCACUACGUUUACUUCUUCGAAAAGGGUAAUGAUCAAGUGAAUAUUGAGAUUUUAAACCAGGUGAUUAAAAAAAUCAAAGAAGAGCUCCCGAACUUGGAGAGUUCAGACGAGACGGAGCAAAUAUCCAAACAUUUUAAUAACACCUUGGACCACAUAAGGAUCCGUUUAGAAUCUCCCGAAGACGGGCUUAUUUAUAAGGGCAUUGAGAUUUAAAAUACUUUAAAAAAAAAAUCAAUAUAGAAUAAGGGUAAUUCAUUCUAGAACUUAUAGGAUCUAAAUAGUUGCAUUUAUACAUAAAUUUUAAACAAUUCUGGUGUCUAUUUUUAUUGUGAUCGGUUAUUGGCUUGUUAUUUUAGAGUUUUUUGUUUGUUAAUAAAUUUGAUCAACCAG